CUGCGGUCGUCUUGCUGCUGUCUCAGAGCCCCAUGUUAGCCCCUGUUCUGUUCUGGGUUCCUGGUUAAGCCAAGGAAAUUCUUUUCAAACUUCUCUUUUGGUUUCAUCGGUGUUUUUAGCGUAGAGAAAUUACUAGACUGAGCCCUGGAAAGAGACAGCUGAAUGAUGGGGGAUUUGCAGCUGGGCUGUGUGGUGAGGUGUGGGGGGGCGGGACAGCGCCGGAUCCUGCAGUAACCGCUGGGGCUGCAGAUGAGGUUUGACAGUGAAUAAGAGUGUUUCGUCUGCAUCAUGAGCUUGUGCACCCAAACCACAAUUUUUAAAAAUAGAACACACACAAAAAAAUCCCUCGUUUAUAUUUAGGACCAACUUUUUAUGCAGAAAAGAUUUGAGGUGGUUCCUUUUAGUUCCGUUUUCUCUUUCUGGUUAACUUGAUGAUGUGGAGUGCAUGGGAAGGGCUCCCCCCCCCCGCUCCGUUUUCUGUUUCUCUGAAAGCUGGUUUGUUGAAGUGUGGAAUUUUGGUGAUUUCUUCAUAACGUUACGUGGUUUCUGACUGUUGUGUGUGGCCGGUUGAAAGGAUUGUGUUGUACUUGGGUAGUCGCUUGAGCUAUUUUCAAUCACUGGUGGGUAGAAGCUGCCGCUUCGGUAGGAGGUUGCUGUGCUGUUGUUACUGUUGGCUGGAGCAAGAUAGUGAUUUAUUUAAUAAUUAUAAAAGCCUCAGGCUCUCACCACUAAAGAACUUCUAAAAUUUCAGUGUUGGAUUAAAAGAUCUAACAGUGUAGAUACACUGUGUAGGCAGUAAAACACACAGAACUAGUGGAUAUCCAUCGCUCGUGAAUGAAUCUGAAGGCUCAGACCACACAGUGCUGGUGACACAGAUCGGUUUUAGUCCCUCAGCAGCACCCGGAGGUGACCGACUGCCUGGAGAGCUCCUGGUCACUCCGUGACCUGCCCUUGGGCUGCGCAGACUGAGGGUGCAGGUGCAGUUCAACUUGCAGUUUUCAAACCCUUUGCCAGAAAAUGGCUUCUUAGAACCUGGUUUCUGGGAAGUGGCUUCUCUGCCACUGUCCUGGCUUCUGGAAAUCCAAUUGGCCAAGACUGAGCAAUGGAAUAAUGAGGAAAAUAUUUGUCUCCUCUUGCUGAUUAAUUGUUAUCAUAAAAUGUGUUUGUGCUUGAAAAACAGUAUUUCCUGUAUUUCUGCUUCGAUUUUUUUUUUUUUUUUAAACAUCUUCUAUGAAAUAUUUCCUGUGUUGGUAAUGUGUAUAACUGCUGGGUGUCAAGUCUGAGCGUGGCCCACGUGGUCUGUUGAAAACCACCAUCCUAGGAAUUCCUGCUCAAAUUGACUCAGAUUUCUGUUGCGAUGAAUAGUCAGUGACAAACUAGUGGAUUUUCCAGGAAACGCAACUGCAAACUGUCUGGCUUCUGCGUAAGGGUGUUCAGAAACCUUGUGAAGAUCCAGUGUUCUAUCAUGAAGCAAAUGAGUGAAAUCAUCUUCCUGGAAUCUGUGGUCAUUUGGCUUUGGAUUGUGGUAAAACCUAAAAGUUCCUUGUAACAAAUUCUGGUAAAAGUUCUAAUCAAGUUUCUUCUCGGUACGUGGUGGUGGCAGAGCAUCGGGAUGGGUCACAGGACGGUGGCUGCCUGUUGGCCCCAGGGACCUGGCUUUCCUCCAGGCGGGACCAGCCGCCUCGGCUCUGCCCUGACAGCAAGUCUGACUCCUGCCAGUGGGAUUUGCGGGCCGGAAUGUUUUCUGUCAGGUCCGGGGAUGCAGUUCAGUCCCUUCCUUUUCCUGGAUCUCACGGGAGUUGCUGCUGCUAAUUGUGCUGAAAUGUGGUUUUGUCACGCGGACAGGCUCUGGCCAGGGGUUAUUGUACAACUUGAUGAAUUUGUGUGCGUGAAGCCUCCAGAGAAGGAAAGAUGCCAUUUGCUUCUUGUCAGCCCCCUAAGCGUGUUAACACGGAGUUGGUUUCUUCCCUGAGUGACUUCAAAGGAAUUAAAUUUGUUCUGAAAUUUACUUUUAAAGAAUGAGCUUCCUGCUGUUGCCCUUACAGUUACUUUGAAGCUUGCGAGAGAAGUCUUGAUCGUUUAAUACUUGUGCAGAGGGUGAGCGGCGUCCUUGUAGAGGGCCACCUCGUGUUUCUCAGUUGUGGUUCUUGGCUCCUACCUGUUGGAGCACGCUCGACCCUUUGGUGCGUCCUGGUGCUGUGACUCCACUGCUUUUGCUAGGACUCGCCCUCGGGCACUUUGCCUGUUGUCGAUCUUUUUUUGGACAAGUUUGAGGGAUUGAGGCAUUUUUCUGUUUUGUUAGGGAACUUUUAGAGCAGCGUGAUUUUAAAAAAUCUUUACCUGAAAUAGAGAGAGCUGAUCUUUAGCCCAGCUAGACUUGGCCGUGGCAGAGCUGAUGCCUGUGUGCUAGAGACAGUUCAGGAGCGAGCGGGUCAGGUACAGCCCGUACCCCAGGGCCCUGCUCUGUGGGUGGGCAGGAGAGCUCAGCCCUCGCUUUCUCCAGCUUCCAGCCCCUUUCCUCUCCUGUUCUGAUGCGAAAGAGUUGUUUCCCCUCGCUCCCCUGCAGCUAGGGGACGGAGCUGAUGAUCUUAAGAUCAGUUCUCCCACCUUUUGCCUGGGUUCUUAUUUCUAGCUUUGGCUUUGGUGGUUCAGCUGGGAUUACGGUGACACGUUCUUGCCAUCGUGGAUCCUUACAGUGUAUUGGCCCUGGCUGCAGCUCGCUCUUCACCUCCUUGGAGGCUGUUUGUGGGGAGCAAAGGCUCCACCAUAAAGAAUUCCUCCAUCUUUCUUUCCACAGGUCGUCAUGGCUGCUUCUAGCCCCACUGCUCAGCCCUCCUGUCCCCGUGAUCACAGCCCCACCUUGUUCCCUUUGUCCAGAGGGAGCACACAGGUUCCAGUGGAUCAGGAAUCUAGUUCCAGAGUUCGGGAUCUCCAGCUCGCACGUCAAGGUGCUUUCAUCCCCGGCUGAAUUCUAUGAGCUCUUGAAGGUGCAGAUAAAAACAGCCAAGCAGCGAGUGGUGAUGGCUUCGCUGUACUUGGGAACGGGGCUUCUUGAACAGGAGCUGGUGGAUUGCUUAGAAGAAACGCUGGAGAAAUCACUGCAAGCAAAAGGAUCGUCUAACCUCAGAGUUUCCAUUCUCCUUGACUACACCAGGGGAUCUCGGGGCAGGAAGAAUUCUCGAACCAUGCUUGUUCCGUUGCUGCAGCGAUUUCCCGAGCAAGUCCGUGUGUCCCUCUUCCACACCCCAAACCUUCGUGGCCUUCUCAGGCUCCUGAUCCCAGAGCGUUUCAAUGAGACCAUUGGACUGCAGCACAUCAAGGUCUAUCUCUUUGAUGAUAAUGUGAUCCUGAGCGGCGCAAACCUGAGUGAUUUGUACUUCACCAACCGUCAGGACCGCUAUGUUCUCCUGCAGGACUCUCCUGAGAUUUCAGACUUCUUCACGGAGCUAGUGGAUGCCAUUGGAGACGUGUCUCUGCAAUUACAGCGAGAUGACACAGUCCAGAUGCUGGAGGGGAUGGUGCAUCCCUACCAGGGAGACAAGGCGGCGUACUGUGAGAUAGCAAACCGAAGAGUCAUGGAGGUGAUCAACUCUGCCAGGACACGGCAGGAACUCCUUCACGCCAAGACGUUCCACAGCAGCCAGCAGGGCAGCUCCGCGCUGUCCCAGCAAGGCUCGCCAGCCUCUGGGGCUCUGAAACCAGAACCCGACACCUGGAUCUACCCCUUAAUCCAGAUGAAGCCUUUUGGGAUUCAGAUAGAUGAGAUGGUCACGGAGACGCUGCUGACAGAGGCUGAGCGGGACGCCAGGAUUUACCUCACCACCGGCUACUUCAACCUGACGCAGGCUUACAUGGACCUGAUCCUGGGCACCAGGGCUGAGUACCAGAUCCUUCUGGCCGCGCCGGAGGUGAACGGGUUUUUCGGUGCCAAAGGGGUGGCCGGUGCCAUUCCCGCCGCCUACGUGUACAUCGAACACCAGUUUUACAGCGAGGUCUGCUACCUGCAGCAGCAGCAGAGGGUCCGGCUGCAGGAGUACUCCAGGCCUGGGUGGACCUUCCACGCCAAAGGCCUCUGGCUGUACCUGGCAGGGAGCGAUCUUCCCUGCCUGACGCUCAUUGGCUCGCCGAAUUUCGGAUAUCGCUCGGUUCAUCGUGACUUGGAAGCUCAGGUUGCAAUAGUGACAGAAAACAAAGCUUUGCAGCGGCAGCUCCAUCAGGAGCAGGAGCAGCUUUACCUCUGCUCAGGUGUGGUCUCCUCAUCAACAUUUGAACAGCCGAAUCGUUAUGUGAAACUGUGGGUGAAGCUGGUAACACCUCUGAUCAAGAAUUUCUUUUGAAAGAAGAAAAGUUGCUGCUUUGGGUUGAAGGUCCAGACGUAGGUGGGACCUCGCAUCCGUGUCUUGUAGACGGGACAUUCGUAGCCGUUGGUGGUGUCCAGGCGGGCGGCAGGGACGGCUCUGACGGCGAUGACGGGCAUCGGCGGCGCCGGCUCCUUGAGGCGCGCGUCGGCGAUCCCGCCCGCGGGCGCGUCCCAGCGAGCGCCUGCGAGGGCACGGGCUGCCAGGAGCGGCUCCGCACUUGUUAGGGCCUACGGUCCCAUCAGCUGGGACCCCCGAAUGCCUUUCGCCUUACUCGGGGGGGCUAAAUAAAUUCUGUCCCCGCUCAGCCCUUCAGCUUGGGUUUGCACCAAGGUUGCGCGGCUGAAGGUGGAACUUGCCCGCGGUGGGGGCUGCGAGGAUCUGCCCUGCGUGGUCUGUGCUCUUGUUUAGGGGGGCCCCUGGGGUGCUCUGCCGGUGCUGCCAUCUCAUUCCCCCUCACUUUUAGCACUAACUCUUUUAGGUUCUGAGUUUCCUGAUUUGUCUCUCACACAUCGAGUAAGAGCUUAUUCACUAGAACCAUGUAGCUUCAGACAACCCGUCCUCAGUGCGUGGUACGCAGUUUGAAUUUCCAAGAAAACAGUUUCUAGUUUGUGAAACUCCUCUUGCAAACGGCCGGGUGCUGCCCUCAGCUGGCGAGUGCCUGACAUGAGCGGGGGACAGAGGCUCUGCUUUUCAGAGCUGCUGCAAAAGCUGCACAGUGAGUGCCAACACCCGCUCCGUUUGCAAGAACUUUUAAGGCUGAACUUGGGCUUUCUCCAUGUCUGAAACAUCUC